AUGCCUGACAAAAUCUAUGGUGUUAAUCUAGGUUCAUGGCUGGUGUUGGAAUCUUGGAUGUUACCCGCAGAGUGGUUAGCCAUGGGCGGCCAAAGCUGCAGCGACUGCUCACAGUGCAUUGCGACUGAAUUUGCGUUCGCCCAGGCGUAUCCCGACACAGUCGAUCAGAAAUUCGAGCAACAUUGGGAGUCAUGGUUCACUCAAGAUGACGUAGAUCAGAUCGCCGCGGCUGGCAUCAACACUGUUCGCAUUCCCCUCGGAUACUGGAUCAUCGAGCCUUUGGUCAACCGGACGAGCGAAUUCUACCCGCGUGGUGGUAUCAAGCAGCUGCAACGCGGUCUCAGCCAGCUUCAGGCCGCAGGUAUCGUGGCAAUUCUGGACCACCAUGCCCUGCCAGGCGUCCAGACUGCCGGCCAGAUGUUCACCGGACAUUGCACAAAUGAUGUCGAGUUCUAUACCGAGUAUAACUACCAUCGUGCUCUCAUCUGGACGGCGGUGAUGACAGCGUUAUCGCACCUGGAUCCCAACUUCGGUUCCGUGUUUGCUAUCGAGGCCGUCAAUGAACCGAUCAUGGAUGCUACCCAGACUCCUGGGUAUGGGACUUUCCAGGCAAACUUCGUCAAAGUCGUUCGCGCCGUCGAGCUCAUUUUGGGCAUUCCUGUGCCUGGCAUCCAGCUCGACGUACCGGUCAACACCUCGAACUUCACUUAUGCUUUGGGCGACGUCACAAACGCAACUACGCUGACCGAAAUCUUCAACGAUGAAGUCAAGUCUGCUCUGGAGGAUGCGAUUCCUAUCCUGGCGGAGAUUGCCAUCGAACUUGCCAUCCCGACCAUCUUCAACUUCGAGCUCGAGGAGGCUCCUUGCCACAGCAAUCCUGAGCCCUUGGUCACCAACUUUAUGGACGUUAACUGGCAGUUCAACAACCCGCCUAACCCAGCAGCUGCAGCCAUCGGUCCUCAGGGUUACGAUAACCACCUCUAUUACAGUUUCGGGGGUGUUGCCGAUCCCAACCCGGAUGCUUACCUGACAAGCAUCUGCAACCUCCAGCGCGUCCAGAACGACGCCGCGGUGGGAGACAGCCCGCUCUGGUUCGGCGAGUGGGGCCUUCCGACUCAGUUCAACGCCACAGACGACUUCCUGUUCAAGUGGGCUGACGCGCAGAAGCUCGCGUACAGUCAGGGCGCGGGCUGGAUCUUCUGGAACUUCAAGGUCGAGAUAUCGCAGCUAGCGGGAGAUCUUGCGCGCCAGUGGUCUUACUUGGAGGGUCUUCGCCUGGGAUACCUGACUCAGGAUCCUUCUCAGGUGCAUGACUCCAACGUGUGCGACCCGUACAGAAACAACGGCACGUCCACUAGCACCGGCACCGGUACCUCCGCAAGCACCAGCACGUCUGCAGGCAUUAGCACGUCCGCAAGCGACAGCACGCCCACGAGCAACGGCACGCUUGUACGCAAGCGGCACGGUCAUAAGCGACAGCGCAUUCAUUAG